UCCAAUGUACCGAUAGCGUUUACUGUACUACUAAACGGUGCACUGAUAAAAACAAAAAUUUAAUGGCCACCGGCCCACCGGCAUGUGUGUCUGUGUACAUGUAUAUCAAGAGAAUUUUUGGAUGUCUUGUCUAAAUUUGCGUCCAGACGCUCACGGUUCACUGGAAGGUUAACGCGAGCGUUGGUCACGGUUUGAGAGAUUACUCUCCCGAAUUCUGCCUGAUCCACAUCGUUAUGUAAUCCAUUUUAUCUGGCGUUAGACAAACAACUGAUAAUAUAAUGAAGUGUAUUAUGUCCGUUACGGUGUAAACGGCGUUCCAGCACGCAAAAGGCUUCCGUUCCCAUAAUUAUUAUUAUGCAUGUAUUUAUCGGCAGUGUCGUACACACAGAUGACCCGAUAGCGCCGUUUUAUCGGGCACCCACCGAGGUCAUCACACACCGCGGAAUGCACAGUCGGUACACUCGAUAAUCAGCGCAGUAUGUGAAACAUCGAAAAGCGUUGGUAUUCUUCCCAUGCAGCGCCGUCAGGUUCAUGUGCAGCGCUUGGAAGUGGCACCAUGUCGGCCUUAUCACAGAUAUCCCAGGUUGUGCUUAUGCUGGUGAUUGUCCUGUGCGGGAGUGUGAAUGCCUACGGACAUCGCCGGAAGAAUGUCUACUGUAAGACGCGCUACUACACGCAGACGCUGGAUCAUUUCAGUUUCUCCACGAAUGCCACAUUCCAGCAGCGUUAUGUCAUCUGCAAGGAAAGCUGGACGAAAGGCGGCCCGAUCCUCUUCUAUACCGGCAAUGAAGGUGACAUCAUGAUGUUCGUCAACAAUACCGGCUUCAUGUUCGAGCUGGCGCCCCAGCUGGAGUCCAUGGUCAUCUUCGCCGAACACCGCUACUACGGCAAAUCGCUGCCUUUCGACGGGACGCUGAACGGGACGACGCUGGCUUAUCUAACAUCCAUGCAGGCACUGGCUGAUUACAACGAUUUGAUCGAUCAUCUCAAGCACAAAAUUCCCGGCGCUGCACGAUCACCGGUUAUCGCCUUCGGUGGCAGUUAUGGCGGCAUGCUGGCCGCCUGGUUCCGCAUGAAAUACCCGGCGACGGUGAUUGGCGCCCUGGCCAGCUCCGCCCCCAUCCUGCAGUUCGACGACAUGGUGCCCUGCAACACCUUCGCCCAGAUCGCCACCCGCGACUACAAACUGGCCGCCCCAUCCUGUCCCGACCUCAUCCGCAAGUCCUGGAGUAUCAUCCAGAAUUUCUGGCGGUCCAAGGACAACCGCGAUUGGCUGCGGGAUACCUUUAACCUCUGUGGAGUGCUGGACGAGAAGAACAGCACUCUAGCGGAUUUCCGGGCGUGGCUGUUUGCCGGGUGGACGUACAUGGCCAUGACGGACUAUCCCUAUCCCACGAACUUUCUCAAACCGAUGCCCGGGUGGCCGGUGAAGGCGGCGUGUCAGUUUCUGAGUGAUCCGCAGCAGCUGCGGACGGAUAAGGCGGUGAUGCAGGCCGUGUUCAAGGCGGUGUCGGUGUACUAUAAUUACAGUGGGCAAGCGACGGGGUGUUUUAAUAUCAGUGAUUCGUCCAGUGGAACUGCGCUAGGGGACAUUCAGUGGGACUACCAGGCCUGUUCAGAGAUGGUGAUCCCCGACUGCAGCGACGGCAAAAAAGACAUGUUCUACUACCGUCCCUGGAACCUAACGGAAUACUCCGAUAGCUGCCAGAAAACCUUUAACGUCCGUCCCGACACGCGCCUGGCGAUCCGGGAGUACGGCGGGGACAAUUUGCAAGCGUACAGCAAUAUCAUAUUCUCCAAUGGCAACUUGGAUCCGUGGUCCGGUGGCGGUGUGCUGAAAAGUAGUAACCCGGCGUUGACGGUGAUUGUCAUCCAGGAUGCGGCGCAUCAUCUCGAUUUGAGGGCGUCACAUCCUGAUGAUCCUGAUUCGGUGAUUAAAGCGCGGGAGAAAGAGAUCGAGGUGAUGAAGGGUUGGAUUGCGGAGUAUAGAGCGCGGUGGAAGUCGCGUCGGCGAGGGAUGCACGGGGCGCUCGAAGCGCCGGAUGGUUCGUUAUGAAAAUUAAUGGGUGCGGUUAUGUUGGAUGAAUAAUAAUUGGGUCAUGUCUGGUUUUUUUAAUUUGAUUUUUCUUUGUCGCAGUCUUAUACUUCUUGUCUUGAUUCGAGAAAUUCAAAACAAACAUAGAAAUGUACGGUACUAUGUACUUUGCAGGCGUCAUAUUGAUUUUGUUUCCAUAAAAUGCUGAAAAAAGUCGUAUAAAAGACAACUAUAACGCAGUUC